AUGGAAGGUGGGUUUAGCAAGGCAUUAUUAAUGAGCAAAGAAGAGGGAGCACAAGCCGUUGUUAAACUCCCGUUCUCUAUCGCUGGGCCCCAAAAGUACCUAACAGCAUCAGAAGCCGCUGUUCUGCAAUACCUCCCCAAAGUCCUGGCAUGGAAUGCCGACUCUUCUAACCCAGUUGGUGCCGAAUACAUCACAAUGGACAAGGCUGCCGGUUGUCAACUAGCUAAGAAAUGGGGAGAGAUGGAUGAUUUGAGUCAUUUUGAAUUUAUCAAAAAUCUAUGCUCUAUUGAAGCUGACCUUGCGGCUAUUGCUUUUCCAGCAAACGGAAGUCUUUACCUCUGUGAGUCAAUGGGGGUUGGUGACAGGUAUAUACCUCUAGCCCCCAAGAUGGACCCUUUUGGCCAUUUUUGUAUUGGGCCGUCUUGCGAGCGGCCAUGGUUUGGCAAAGAGGAAGCUGAAUCUGUACAGUCACGCUUUGACCGAGGGCCAUUCUACCUGCUUUUGGCGUGCGUUGCGCUUGCUAAACGUGAAAUUACACGUAUUCAACAAAAUCCCAAAUCUGUGCCCUACGGGCCACCAAGAGGCUCUCCCGAGCAGCAGCUUGCCAUCCUAAAACUAGCCAAAGAAAUUGUCUCACUGAUUGAUUGGCAAGCCAUCGUCGUCUCGCCUUUGUUUUACCAGGUUCGUUUCCCCGAAUUUAUAAGCCUGGGCGAUGACUACGGGCUUGGGUUUGAGAUAGCAGCGCUUCGGGAGGAAAUGGAGGAAAUAGACGACGAUGAUCAAGCGAUUGUUGGGUUCAAACAUGAGCAAACAAUGAUGGGCAAGGCGUACGAAGCAGCCAGCGGUUUCAAGAACAAAAAUGUCUUCAAAUCUCUACGUCUUCCCCUGCUUUUCCGCCAACUCUUCCUGCGUUGCGGCGAAGCGUGGGAAGAGGGAAUUGCACCUCUUCGUGCUUGCCUAAUUGCAAUAGCCGACGUAUGCAACGAAGCUGGAUUUUCCGGCGACUGUGCGUGUAGGUUUAGCAAACAGGAGAUUAAAAAGUAUGAGCAGGCAUUUCAGGACUAUCAAGACCACCACAGGAUCUAUGAGCUCGCCCGGGAAUAUCCGGGAACCGAUGCCGACGGCUGGAUUGCCCCUGAUGAGGACUUUGAGGAGAAGCAGGAGCGGAACAAGGAACUGCUUGAAAUUUUUAUAGCUCACUGUGCAGAGUAUGGGAAAUCGGCUGAAGAGAUGCGGAAGAUAAGGCCGUACUAG